AUUCGCUUUCCCAUCUUCUUUUUUCUUGCGACAUUUCAUCUGCGGGCAUCCAAAGCCAAAACACCGAAAAGAAAAAGGAAAAUGGUGCACAGCGCAUAUGAUUCCUUUCAACUCAUCAAUAAUUCCUCCACCAGAGUCGACGCCAUUGAAUCGUACGGCUCCAAUCUUCUCAUAUCCUGCUCAGAUGGCUCCCUCCGAAUCUACGGCCCCGAGUCCUCAGCUGGUGAUCCCCGAUCUCCCACCUCGCCCUCUGAAUUGUAUUCCAAACCCCCGGAGCUGAAGAAGGAGACGUACGUUUUGGAGCGGACGAUUAAUGGCUUCUCCAAAAGGCCGAUGCUCGCCAUGGAGGUCCUCAACUCGCGGGAGCUGCUACUCUCGCUCUCCGAGUCCAUCGCCUUUCACCGGCUGCCCAAUUUGGAGACGCUGGCCGUGAUUACGAAAGCCAAGGGCGCGAACGCUUACUGCUGGGACGAGAGGCGAGGGUUUUUGUGCUUCGCACGGCAGAAGAGGGUUUGUAUUUUCAGACACGACGGGGGCCGUGGGUUUGUGGAAGUAAAAGAAUUUGGUGUUCCAGACACUGUUAAAUCAAUGUCAUGGUGUGGUGAGAAUAUAUGCUUGGGGAUCCGAAGAGAGUAUGUAAUAUUGAAUUCAACUAAUGGUGCACUGUCAGAGGUAUUUCCAUCGGGGAGGAUUGCCCCGCCUUUGGUUGUGUCUCUUCCAUCAGGGGAGCUUCUUCUAGGGAAGGACAAUAUUGGUGUGUUUGUCGAUCAAAAUGGGAAACUUCUUCAGGAAGGCAGGAUUUGCUGGUCAGAGGCUCCUACAGCAGUUGUUGUAGAGAAGCCAUAUGCAAUAGGUCUCUUACCAAGACACAUUGAGAUACGUUCACUUCGUGACCCGUAUCCACUGAUUCAAACAGUUGUUCUCCGCAAUGUUCGUCGGAUACUUCAAAGCACCCAUGUUAUCAUUGUUGCUCUAGAAAACUCUAUUUACGGCUUGUUUCCUGUUCCUCUUGGCGCACAGAUUGUACAACUAACAGCUUCAGGCAAUUUUGAGGAAGCAUUGGCUUUGUGCAAGUUACUCCCUUCUGAAGAUUCAAAACUUCGAGCUGCAAAAGAACAAUCAAUUCAUAUUAGAUACGCUCACUAUUUAUUUGAAAAUGGGAGCUAUGAGGAGGCCAUGGAACAUUUUUUGGCAUCUCAGGUGGAGAUCAGUUACGUUCUUUCUUUGUAUCCAUCGAUCAUUCUUCCCAAAUCAUCUGUUAUACCUGAACCAGAGAAAUAUAUGGAUAUCAGUGGAGAUGCUCUGGAUCUCUCAAGAGGUUCCUCUGGCAUGUCAGAUGAUAUGGAAUCUCCACCUCCUCAUGCAUUGGAUUCUGAAGAAAGUGCGGAUAUUGAAUCCAGGAAAAUGAACCACAACAUUCUGAUGGCUCUCAUUAAGUUCCUUCAGAGGAAGCGAUUUGGUAUAGUUGAAAAGGCUGCUGCGGAGGGAACUGAUGAGGCAGUUUCAGAUGCUGUAGGAAAUAAUUUUGUUUCUUAUGGUAGCAGUCGGCCAAAGAAACAAAACAAGGGUCGAACCAACACGUAUAUCAGCUCAGUUGCUAGAGACACUGCAGCUAUACUUGACACGGCAUUACUUCAGGCUCUUCUAUUGACUGGACAAUCUUCUGCUGCUCUGGAACUAUUGAAAGGUCUUAAUUAUUGUGACAUAAGAAUAUGCGAGGAGUUUUUGCAAGAAAGAAAUCAGUAUGUUUGUCUACUGGAACUUUAUAAAUGUAACACGAUGCACCGUGAAGCACUCGAGCUUCUACACAAGUUAGUUGAAGAGUCAAACUCAAGUAGUCCACCAGCUGAGCUCAUGCGGAAGUUCAAGCCUGAAAUGAUUAUUGAUUAUCUCAAACCCCUAUGUGGCACUGAUCCAAUGCUUGUCUUGGAGUUUUCAAUGCUUGUUCUUGAGAGCUGCCCAACACAAACUAUUGACCUCUUCUUGUCCGGAAAUGUUCCAGCUGAUUUGGUCAAUUCUUAUCUAAAACAACAUGCUCCAAAUAUGCAGACUACAUAUUUGGAACUUAUGCUUGCAAUGAACGAAAAUAGUAUCUCUGGGAAUCUCCAGAAUGAAAUGGUGCAAAUAUAUCUGUCAGAAGUGCUUGAUUGGCACAAGGAUCUAAAUUCUCAGCAAAAAUGGGAUGAGAAAACUUAUUCUCCCACAAGGAAGAAACUCUUGUCUGCUUUGGAGAGCAUCUCUGGAUAUAAUCCUGAGGUUUUGUUGAAGCGUCUUCCAGCAGAUGCUUUAUAUGAAGAACGAGCAAUUCUAUUGGGAAAGAUGAACCAACAUGAGCUUGCUCUUUCGAUAUACGUGCACAAGGAUUAUCAGCGGACAUUGAGUCAGCCAUGUGGCACAAUACCAGAGGUCAAAACAAAAGAAACUGAGCUUAAUGUUCCUGAACUGGCCCUGUCGUACUGUGAUCGGGUAUAUGAGUCUGGACUUCAACAGUCAGCCAAAGCUUACAGCAACAUAUACCUCAUGCUACUGCAAAUAUAUUUGAAUCCUCACAAGACAACAAAGAACUUUGAAAAAAGAAUCACCAAUCUGGUAUCUGCUAGAAGCCCUGGAGCCCCAAAACUUACUUCCGGUGCCGGUAAGAAUAGAAAUCGCCUCUCGAAGAAAAUUGCAGAAAUUGAGGGUGCUGAUGAGAUUCGCUUCAGCCAAAGUGGCACAGACAGUGGAAAGAGUGAUGGUGAUACUGAUGAUGCCGUUGAGGAAGGAUCAUCUGCUAUUAUGCAUGAUAGGGUCCUUGAUUUGUUGAGCCAAAGAUGGGAUCGAAUAAAUGGAGCGCAGGCCUUAAGACUACUUCCCAAGGAAACUAAACUAAAGAACCUACUUCCUUUUCUUGGACCACUUUUGAGGAAAUCCAGUGAAGCUUACAGGAACUUUUCUGUGAUAAAGAGUUUGAGAGAGAGUGAAAACCUACAGGUCAAAGAUGAACUGUACACUCAACGGAAAAAUGUCGUGAAGAUUACUGGUGAUACUAUGUGCUCCCUUUGCAACAAGAAGAUAGGAACUAGCGUCUUUGCAGUUUAUCCCAAUGGGAAGACUAUUGUCCAUUUUGUUUGCUUCAAAGAUUCACAGAAUAUGAAGGCUGUUGCAAAAGGCUCACAAUUGCGCAAGAGAUGACACAACCGAUUUUCCACAAAGUUAAGUAUGAGAAUAUCCAGCCCGCUUAGUGUGGCUUUAGAUUAAUCAUACGAAUUGGCUUUAAUUUAUAUGAUAGAAAAAAGAAUGGGGGGCAUUCUACACAUGGAAGAACUAUGUUACACCUUGUAUAUCUUGUUUGUAUAAGUUUAUGUAUACAUGUGUGGUUAUUUUUAUGUUGAUUGUCUUUCUGGUGGUGUUGUGAAUUUGUGUUUGUUGCAAAAUCGUUUACAUUGAUGAGAUGUAAUUUGUCGAAUUUAUGAGAUCAUUUUUCCAUUCUACUAAUGGCUUCAGUUUCAC